AUGUUAAGAUUCCUCCCACGCUUAUGGGGCAUGGAUAACUCUGUUGUUGGGCGAAUCGUUCCACACAGUAGAGCACAAUUCUUAUUCCCCUCUCGUGAAGCGAUGGAUCUAGUCAUUCGCCGAGGACCAUGGAGUUUCAAUGAAUGGAUGAUUAGAGACAUUCCUCUCCGAUUCAAUACUUAUUCUGUUGUGGAUUACAUUGCAAGCACUUUGGGCGAUGUUGCUAAAACAGAUUUCAAUCUCGAUGCGGCUGCCAAUAGGGAGUAUGUACGGGUCUGUGUAAACUGGCCUCUUGCACAACCAUUGAUCUUCCAUCUACGAUUCCGCUUUGGUGGUCAAUCUGGUGUUCCAAUCACUUUCCGUUAUGAAAAGCUCCGCAACUACUGCUUCCGUUGCCGGUCUUUGUGUCAUGAUGUUGAUGAAUGUGAGGAACCAGAACAAGAGUAUCAAAUGCAUCCCCCGGGUGAUGACAUGACCAAUGAAGACCCAAUUCAAAAAAUGGUCGUUGCUUAA